AUGCUUGGUUGCUGUUCUGGCUUUCAGAUAAUGGUGAAGGAGAAGUCUCCUAAGGCAAUUGAUAUGCAUUGUACACUUCAUCGCCAAACAUUGAUGGUUAAAACAAUGCCUGACCAUUUGAAGAAUGUUUUGAAUGAUGUGGUCAAAGCAGUAAAUUUUAUCAAAGCCAGUUCUCUUAACUUGCAUCUUUUUGCUGACUUGUACAAGGACAAUGGCUCCAAUUUUGAAAUGCUUUUACUGUAUUUGCAUCACUACAAGGAAAGGACAUCACCAUUGUCCACUGUCAUAAAAAAAGUAACAGCACUUAAAUUGAAGCUCCAUUUGUGGCAUUCUAAAUUGGAAUGUGAGAAUUUCGUACCAUUCCUGAACCUCAAUACUUUCCUUGAUGAAGAUGCCCUUCAAGUUGAUGCUAACAUCCUCGACAUAAUGAAACAGCAUGUCUUAACUCAUCAUGCUGAAAUUCAAAGAUAUUUCCCCGGCCUACAAAACUUCAUAAAAGUUCAUCGUUUCAUCACCAAUCCCUUUGCAAUCUCUGUUGUUGACCUUCCGUCAGAAGAUUACGUCAUUCAAGAACAGUUCAUUGACUUGCUGAAUGAUGGAGGUGCAAAAAACACCUUCCGUAACAUGUGUUGCAGUGAAUUCUAG